CGACGGGCGCACGACCGGAACAAUGGCGCUUGCACUUCUCUUCGCACGGAGGAAGAUCGUCUUUCAAAGACGUUCUUCUUCUGACGGCGGCAGCGAUUUGCGCAAGAGACUCUCUGUGUGAGAGAGAGAGAUAGGUUUAAGGGGAAAAGCAGAGAGAGAGAGAGAGUGAGGGGAUGGUUUCGUUGAUAGGGCGGACCUCUUUUCUUUCUCUCUCCUUCUUCGUCUCGAGAUUCUUCAGAGAUGGAGGGGCGAUGAGCUCGAAUGCAGGGAGGAAAAAAGACACUGGUAGUGCGGCCGGCGACAUAACGAUGAUGACGUGUGGGAGCGCAGCAAAACAAUACUAGGUGGACUGAGUUCGAAUGUUGGGAAUGAGACAGAAACGGCAUUCUGCUCCUUCUCCUCCUCAGCCACUGACAUGUAACGUGAUUUGCGCCGCUGCUGGCCGAAGGGUCACGAGGACUUUUCACUGACCUGCUGUUGCUACUACUGCUGCUGCUGCUGCUGCUGCUGAUGAUGCCACCCUUCUAGAAUGCGAAGUGCAUUGCCGAACCCCGGUCACGUUGCUAUGCAGUCUAUGUAGCUCAAGACGUAAGGAAUUAGAGAGUCCAUGUCUCUUCCUCCUCCUGUUCACUCCCUCCCUCAAGUCCUCGGGCCUCGGAGUUAGUGGGCGAGGGAGGAGGAGGAGGAAGAAGAAGAAGAUCCUAAAGGAAGAGGAAUAGCAGGGAAAAAGGAUGUCCUCAGGAGCCAUUCAGCGAGAACCAUCAGGAGGUGUCCAGGGAGGAGGCCCGUCGUCUCAAAACUUCUAUUCCGGAGCCACUCUUGAGGCCGGUCAGCCGUGCUCGCAGAAGGAGGUACAUCUAGCUACCUUAGAGUCCUUGAAGGAUGAGAUCCUUGAACUGUCCUCCAGAUUGAAUGUGAUCUCUCAAGAACGUGAUAUGUUGGAGAAGACUCUGACCGUUACCCAGCUAGAAAAAGUUCGUGUGGAACGUGAGAGUGAAGACAAACUAGACAUACAAGCAGCCAGGUAUGAGGAGCGCCUUACCGAGCUUCAUUCCGUCAUUGCUGAGCUCUCCAGGAAGAUUGAUCAGCAACGCAUAAAUGUCAUUGCUGAGGAGGAAGCAGCUGUUGUGGAAGAGUAUUCACAUUCGGAACUUUCACACGAUCAACAUGAUGCAACAGACUCAACGAGUGAGGCUGUGGACUCGGAGGACCACAUGGAAGAGCCUCGUGACCAGACUGCCACUGAUGCUUCCACUUCUUGUGAUAUAGAUGACCGGGCUGUAGAGGCUGGUGAAGGUAUAGCUGAUCUGGAUGUGAGUGAAUGCCCAAGGGGUAGUGUGGAUACUGGCAGCUGUCGGGCAUCUGGAGAUGAAGAGCCUAGUAGGUCUAUAGAAGCUUUAGAAGAAGAAGUUAGACUUUUAAGAGAGGAAAACACGGGCCUACAGCACGCAUUAGCCUUGGCUCAACACAAUAGUUCGACCCACAGGAAUGCAUUGUCUGCCAUGACUCAGGAAAGGGAUACCCUCUGCAAAAAGUUAAGAGAGUACCAACGAAUGCAACCAGCCAUGCCUCCUCAAGCAGUCCAGGUAGCUGAUGCUGUGACCGUGAGAGGACUGAGAGGAAGCCCUUUAGCACCCUAUACUUCCACUUCCUGUGGCUCUGGACUGACUGGAUCAGUCCCUGGUGGCUCUGGGCCAAGUGGUUCUGUUCAGGGAACAGUUUCACCAUCACCCUCCCCUCAACCUAUGGAUGGCCCUACGCCAACUAAAGAUGAAACUCCUAUUAUUUGUAAAUUAGCUGAGAGAGUAAGACUUAAAAAGGCAGAAAGUGGUGAUUUAAGAAUCACAGGGAGUGAGUUGAGCAGCGUAGGAAUAUGGACAACUGCUGUAGCUGAGCAAUUAGUGGCUGGUGUGCAGGAAGAAAGUGAUGCUCAAGAACUCUAUCAUGCUCUUGCCACAGCUGGUGGAACCCUAGCCCCUCAUGAAAGGCUUAAGGAAUUCGAAGUUGAAAUUGAAAGACUCCAUGCUAAAGUGGACCAUCUGAAAGCUCAGAAUGAUGUGCUAGCCAUCACUCUCAGUGAAUCAAAAGCGCACUGUGAUCGUCUGAGUAUUUUAAUGGGUAAAUAUGAAUCCAACUCAGUGGCCUUACAGCUAGCUGUAACAAACUUAGAUCAGACCAUAGAGUCGUACGAGGUAUUGGUGGCGUUACUGGAAAGUGAAAUUGGAUUAUUAUUGGCCAGUUGUAAGGCUGCAGGUGUUGGUGUAAAGUCAAGUGGAGGUGGUUCAGCAAAUGCAGGAGGAGGCUGGAACUUUGGAGAUCAGGAGGAUCUUGCUAUUCUGGUAAGGAGAGCUCAGGAGCAGAGGAGAUCAACGGAAAAUGUUGCACGGCAUUUGUUAUCCAGGUUGGAAAGGGCUGGCUGUAAUCAAUCUGACACUGAAAGCUGGAAUGAAAUAGGAGCAAGUAAUAAUACAAGUGCAAUUUCUUCUAUAUCUAGUGGUGUAGAAUCAGAUGUCAGUAGAGGCGAGGAGCAGCGACUGAGAGAGAUCAUAAAAAGAUUGCAAGACGAGCGAAGUCACGUAGCAGCUUCCAUUCUACCUCUGGAGUCUGUGCAUUUAGACCCUCUCACGCAGCAUUAUCCACUAAGUGUUCAUGAAGCUCACAAACUGGACUUAGAAAAUGCAGUAUUGAUGCAAGAACUGACUGCCAUGAGAGAAGACAGAGCAGAAUUACGAGCACAGGUGUAUUUGCUGGAACGUGAGAAGGCUGGGUUGGAAUUACGUGUUGGAACGUAUGAAGCUCAGGCAGCAGCAUAUUGUGCUACAAUUGAUCACCUUCGAUCAGAGCUUUCUAUUGCUCGCCCUAAUGGCGAACAGGAAACUGAAGGUGAAGGUGACAGUGGGGUAGAUUCCUCUUCUCCAGAAAUAAUGGAGGCCCUGCGUCGAGAACGACAGCUCAAAGCUCGCGUGCAAGAUCUUGUGACAACUCUCGAGAAAGUGACCAAAAACUCGGAAGCUAGGCAUAUGCAGUCUCAAGAAUUUAUCAACGACCUUAAAAAAGCAAAUGGGGCGUUAUUGACCGCUGUUGAUCGACUGAAAAAGAAAUAUGCACUGAAGGUGAAGAGGAUGGAGCAACAAAUGAUGGGCAUGGUGGACCGACACGCGCAUCAGGUUCGUAUCUUGAAGCAGAAGAUAGCUUCUCUUGAAGAUGAUCCCAACCACCAAACCCCUCAGAUGAUUUCAACGGCCAGUGAAACGUCGCUCUAGGGAUGCUGCUUCUCUGUCUUUUCCAUUGAUGUUGAACGAAAGGACGAGAAAUGUAGCCACAACGUCUUAGGUUUAAGUGAGAAAGGGAUGUGUGCCAAAUGAGAAAAGGGGUCUAUAAGUUACUACCAUAAAUUGAGUUUAUUAAGAAGUUACGUACUCUGAAUAAAUAUAUAUAAAUAUAUAUUUGGAUUAGUCAUAAAAUAAACAUUAUAACGACUGAGAAAGAUGGCCUUCAAUUUUCGAAACGCUGCAGCAUCUGUUUUGCAUAUUUUUCUUUUACAGUGGAACCAGUAGAAUUAUUUGCAAUAAAGCAUCCAUAUGUAAAAUAGACAUGUACAAUAGAUAGAUUUUUACUGUGUUGGUUAAGAGGUUAUAGAAUAUAGAAAAAAAGCAGUCUAUGAAACUUUGAUUUAUCUGAGGAAUUGUUUUUUUUAAGGUGUCAUAGUAACUUUUGAUAUUUUAUUAACCUGGUCUUUGUGGAGUUCCUGUACAAUGUAAAGAGCUUUUCCAGCGGAAAUGAUCUUUUAUUGUCAAGUGCAAGACGUCUGUCUGGUCAUUCAUCUUGAGGAAAGGAAAAAAUCUGUUAUUGUAGGUCUUUCCAGAUAACAAACUUUGUACCUUACAUUAUAGUCAGUAAAGCUUCCCUUGUAAUCAGGGAUGCCUAAUACUACAUAAACAAAUAAAUACAAAUACAAAUACAAAGUCCUUAUAACCAAAAAGAAACGUGUCAUGUACAGCUUCCUCCUUUUCCCAAUCAAUUUUAGGCCUCUCGAACUAAUGUUACAUUUUAAUGUUCUUGUAAUGCCAAACUCUGUUCUUUUUCCAUAAAUGAAUAUGUAUAAAUAUGUAUCUACAGUACUGUACUUACAAAUGUGGUAUAUAUUUGCAGUCAUAUUUUCUAAGUGCAUGAAAGGAAUGUUUCAUUUUGUGAGAGAACUUUUGUUAUUAAAGUAUUACUACUCAGUCAUAGAUUUAUGUCUUGACGAUCAAACUUAUGUUCCAGUGAUUCUGAAUAUUUGUACGUAUAGAUCAAUAUUUUUGUAGGAGCAGAAAAUGAAACUUUGUCAUUGAGUUACUGUAGAUAAGACAUGGUCAUUUUUAUUUUAUAUAGGAAGACGUUAUAGUUGCUAUGUACACAAACACUCGUAGAUGAGAUUGGUGAAUUCCAGUGGGCUGAAUGGAUCGAUUGACUUAAAAUAGAUAAUAAAAACUUUCCUUUAAGGAGAAUGAUCCAGUAAAUCGGUAAUGAUGUAUAAAAGUCAGAAAUACUCUCAUAUGAAUGCCAAAUUUCCUCAGACGAAACUGUAUGAGAUUUGUACUCAAAAAGUCAUAAAGAAUAUCAAAUAUAAUUUUUGUUUCAUAAAAAAAUUUAAUUUUACAAUAGCCGUAUUUGAGUCAUUACAGCAAGCCUAACCUUAAUCUAAAUUUAAUUUUAAACAUGGUACCUAUGUGAUUGAAGUUAUGGAUAAUAAAGGGUGUACCCUUUGUCAUAUACAAAGCAAA